AUGGUUCUUCCUGGAGCAGUUAGCAUGAAGAAGAAGAAGAUUACCAAAGGCCGUAAGAAAAUAGAAGAAACCAACAGCCGUCGAGUAACCUUCUCCAAACGCCGCACCGGACUUUUUAAAAAAGUCUCCGAACUUUGCAUCUUAACCGGAGCCCAAAUCGCUAUUCUUGUUAAUUCUCCCGGCGGUAGGGUUUUCACAUUCGGCCACCCAAACUUCCACGUUCUUCUUGACCGUUAUCUCAAUAAUAAUAACACCACCAACGUUAACAACUACUCUCCACCACCUUUGCCGACAAAGGAGUUUAAUGAACAUUACGUGGAGGUCUCAAGGGAACUGGAGGCGGAGAAGAAGCGGAGGGAGAUGAUGCCGGCGUCGAGUAGCGGCGGAUUGCCGUGGUUUGAGGAGGGUACGGACUACGGAGGGGCUAGCGGUGGAGGAGUUGGAGCAGUAUUUGCGGUCGUUGGUGGGGUUGGAGAAGAAGGUGUUGACAAGAGCGGAUGA